ACUGCCAUGAAAAAAAACUCCUUGACAGAAGGUUUAAUACUCUCUCGGGACUAGAAACUGAAGUGUUUUAGUUGUUACUCCGUCCCACUCAGGGACCAGCUCACUCUGCUCCACAGAGACCUCAAACCUAACUCUCUGGUACUAAGCUCAAGACUUUACCCCCAGCUUAUACUCUGAACAAUUUCACAGCAUUUUUCUCCCUUGAGAGCAGGUGUUUUUUUAUUUUUAACAUUUUUCUAAAGAAUGGGAGACUAUGAAGAAGACACUGCAUUCCUUGGACAGACUGGUCCUUAUUUCUGGACCACAUUCUUCCUCCUUAACACAGUUUUUGUCUCAACUGGAUUCAACGGACUUUACAUUGUCUUUGUUGGAGCAGCUCCGCAACAUCACUGUCUUAUUCCAGACGUUAACUUAACUGAGGAAUGGAAAAAUGCCAUCAUUCCUUUUACGAUAGUGGAUGGUGAGGAGGUGCAGAGCCAGUGCAGCAGAUAUAAGCUGGAUGUUGUGAGAAAUCUCUCAGCUGAAGGAUAUAUUCCUGGGAGGGAUGUCAACCUCACUAACCUGGAGCAGGAGGGAUGUUUAAAUGGAUGGAACUACAGUAAAGAGAUCUACCAAUCCAACAUCGUCACUGAGUGGGACCUUGUUUGUGACGAACAGUGGAAAGUUCCCUUUGCAUCCUCGACUCUUUUUGUGGGAUACCUCUUUGGCUCACUAAUCUCAGGCCAUCUUUCUGACAGGUUUGGGAGGAAGAAAGUUGUUUUCAUUUCUCUCGCGGCCCAGUGUCUCGCAGUCCUGCUUCAGUCCUUCUCUCAAUCAUGGAGGAUGUUCUGCAUCAUGUUCCUCUUUGUUGGAGCCUCCCAGAUAUCCAUUUAUAUAUCUGCAUUUGUACUAGGAACGGAGCUGUUGAGUAAAACAAUGCGAGUGCUCUUCACAACUCUCGGGGCCUUCCUUUUCUAUUGCAUUGGGUACAUGACACUACCCUGGAUUGCAUACGGCAUUAGAGAAUGGAGGACUCUGCUCGCCGUUCUGUCUGCAACUGCUGUGGUCUACAUCCCACUGUGGUGGUUCAUCCCAGAGUCUCCUCGGUGGCUGAUCACUCAGGGAAGAGUGGAGGAGGCUGAGGCCAUUGUGAGGGAAGCUGCAAAGAAGAAUAAGGUUGAAGCACCACCUGUGAUCUUUAAAGAAACUGAGCUACAGGCAUUGCCUCCGAGCAAGACAUACAGCAUGCUCGAUGUUCUGAAAUCCAAUAACAUCAGAUGCAUCACACUCAUGUGCCUAAUUUUGUGGAUGGCAAUAAACAUUGGGUAUUUUGGAUUAUCCCUGAACACCUCGAACCUGAGUGGUGACCCAUUCAUGAACUGUUUUUUAUCAGCUGCUUGUGAGGUCCCUGCCUAUGUUGUUUCUACUGUGCUGCUAAGGAAAUGUCCAAGAAGAGCACUUCUGUCAUCAUUCCUCAUCAUCGGAGGAGGAGUUCUUCUUCUAAUCCAGUUCAUCCCUGAUACCCUUCAGUAUGUUGCUCUGGCACUGGAAAUGACUGGAAAGUUUGGCUUUACGAUGUCCUUCAGCAUCGUCUACAUCUACACGGCUGAGAUCUACCCGACUGUCCUCAGGAACGUCGGCAUGGGAAUUUGCUCCUCUGCUGCACGAAUUGGCAGCAUCACAGCUCCUUAUGUCAUCUAUUUGGGUACUUACAAUAAGGUUCUGCCUUAUAUUCUCAUGGGAAGUCUCACGAUUGCUUCCUCUGUGGUGAACCUCUUCCUCCCGGAGACCCUCAAUAGAGAUCUUCCAGAGACAUUGGAGCAGAUGCAAGAAUGUCAGGGGUUGUGCACUGGACCCAAAAAGAGGAAAUAUAUAGAAGAUGAAGGAAUGAGGAACUCAACAAUACAAUGUGAGGCCAAAUCUGAUGUGCAGGCUCUAACUCUGUAGUUUUUCUCAAUGGCCUUGGGUUAAUUUUAAGAAAGAAAGAAAAAAACAUUUCUGUUGCUUGAAGUACAAAACUGAAAUCUGAAAUAAAAUCCAAAACAUGGACAGCGGGAUUUAAAACUUACGCUGACAAGAACAGUACUGUUGUUGUUGUUUUUGGUCAUUUAAAAAAAAAAAGAGAGAUUUAUUUUUCUACUCAGUUGAUGCUUACUGAUUUGAGACUUUUUUAGUUGUAAAGAUGGUGUAAAGAAACCCUUUUCGAUGUUUAGAUGGCUGUUACGAAAUUGAAAUACAUGUCUGAUUGGUCCCUUGUUUUUGUCAAACAAAACAUGUUUCAUUAAAAUGUGAACAAAUGA